AUGAAUGACUUCGGCAUUCAAAAAUUUUCCACAAUUUGUAUUCUGUCUGGAGUAUUCGCUUCGUCGGAUCCCGUAGUUCCGAUGCAGUGGUACCAAGUAGACAAGAGCAAGCUAUCGCCUGAUCUUCAAGAGAAGUUCGUGCAGCUGCAUCCAGAUAAGGAGACACAGGAGUUCCUUUCCACCUCCAUCGACAAGUCUUCCUGGGUCUGGACCCAGCUCUGGUACAUCCUAGCCAAGUCCUUCUUGAGACACUUCUGGACUACAACAGACAUCAAUGGGUAA